AUGAUCCAUCAAAGAGUACGAAACUUACCGAGUUUUGCGCGUUUUGACUUGGGCAUGAUAUGUAGGAGGACAAGCGAGCUCUCUGCCCUUCGCGCUGUGCUGCUCAAUACGAGCGGUACGGUGCCCUUGCACGAUCGUUUCAGAGCGCUCUUUACGUUGAAAAGCUUCGCCGUUCCCUCAGCACUGCUCAAGCACGAGCUUGCAUACUGCUUAGGACAGAUGAAGCUCGUCUCAGCUCUCCCAGUUCUUCAAUCAGUGCUGGAGAAUAUAGACGAGGAUCCGAUGGUCCGACACGAGGCAGAAGAAGCAAUGGGCGCAAUCUCAUCACCUGAUUUCAAGGCGGUCCUCACAAAGUACCUCACAGAUCCCAACAGGAAUAAUUCUGAAGAGGGACGCCAACAUCUUGCGUCGAAAGAAUCGUCAGAUCAGACCCCGACGUACACAUCCAUUGACCCCGCUCCUCCCUCCUCCAAACUUCUCUCUGGCCAAAACCAGAUGACUUCCACGCUUUUGGAUACUUCCGUUCCCCUUUUCCAGCGCUAUCGGGCUAUGUUUGCACUCCGCAACACCGGAACGCCAGCGGCCGUCGAUGCACUAGCAGCAGGAUUCUCCGGUGACAGCGCACUAUGCAAACACGAAAUUGCCUUCGUUUUCGGCCAACUCUUGAGCGCGCACUCUGUACCCUCGUUGCUUAAUGUCCUGCAGGACGGAUCUGAGUCUGACAUGGUGCGACACGAGGCUGCAGAGGCGCUCGGAGGAAUUGCCACGCCUGAGGUGCUACCCCAUCUUAAAGAAUGGAUGACGCGCGAGGAUUCUCCGCGCGUUGUGCGAGAGAGCUGUCAGGUUGCUAUUGAUAUGUGGGAGUAUGAAAACUCGGGGCAAUUCCAGUAUGCGAAUGGACUGGAGAGCGUUAGGGUAGAGGCCACUCCUGCCUGA